AUGCCGCCUCCUCCGACCACGACGCAGGGUGGUUCCAACUGGGACAAGAUGAAGAUGGGCUUCGUCAUGGGAGGCGGUGUCGGCCUCACCAUUGGCUUCAUCUUCGGCUCGUUCUCCAUUCUCCGUGCCGGCCCUGGCCCGCGCGGUGCGCUCGCGACCCUCGCUCAGUACAUGGGCUCGUCUGCUGCGACUUUUGCCUUCUUCAUGUCGAUUGGCUCGGUUAUCCGUACGGAGGACAAGUACGCGUACGCCAUCAAGGCCGCACAGUCGGCGCGUAUCCACACGCAGCCUUCCCCGUGGACCGCGGUGUACCGCAACGCCAUGGCGAACAAGGGACUCUAA